AUCGUUCUUUUUUAAGUCAAUCACAUUGACGGAAAGGUGCAACUGUCCUUGGUCGUGCCAAUCCAGGCUCAUCCAACACCAAUUCGUCUUCUAAGAUAAACUGAAGUUAUAAGAAAACUACCAAAAUGCCCCCUAAAUUCGACCCAACCGCAAUCACUGAAAUCUUUGUCAGGGCUGUUGGCGGUGAUGUACCAGCCACAUCAUCACUUGCUCCUAAGAUUGGUCCCAUGGGAUUGUCUCCCAAGAAAGUUGGUGAUGAUAUUGCUAAAGGUACCACAGAAUGGAAGGGCUUGAAAAUUACCGUUAAAUUGACAAUUCAGAAUCGACAAGCUAAAGUAUCAGUAGUUCCAAGUGCAGCUGCUCUUAUUAUCCAAGCUUUAAAAGAACCCCCAAGGGACAGAAAGAAGGUCAAGAAUGUGAAACACAGUGGAAAUCUGAGUUUAGACGAUAUUGUUGCCAUUGCUCGACAAAUGAGACCCAGAAGUAUGGCAAAAACAUUAACUGGUACAAUCAAAGAAAUUCUUGGUACUGCCCAAUCAGUUGGAUGUACAGUAGAGAAAAGUCAUCCACAUACAGUUAUAGAAAAUAUUGAUAGUGGGGAGCUCGAGGUACCAGAUGAGUAAAUCAUCAGAGUUAUCAAGUAAAAGUUUGAAUAAAGUUUUACUUGAAUGAAA